CUUGAGGUCUCCACCAUGGUCCCCAACCAACUCAUUGCCAACAUGUCUGCCGACCAAGCCCUAGCAGACCAUUGGGUCGCGUCCAACAUCGUACCCUUUUACCCGGAUACCAAGAUCCGACACCUCCUCGUCGGCAAUGAGAUCCUCAGCGACCCCAACAACAGCUGGUUCUGGCUCAAGCUCGUCCACACCAUGAGAAGAAUCCAAAAGGCACUAAAAAAGCAUCGAAUUCAGAACGUGAAAGUUGGUACCUCGAUGGCCACCGACGUGCUCGGGGGUUCCUCGGUGUACCCGCCUUCUAAUGGGUCGUUUAGGCCUGACAUCUCGGGUUCGGUCAUGAAGCCCAUGUUGCGGUUCCUGAGCGAGACCAAAUCUUAUCUCUAUUUGGAUGCGUAUCCAUAUUUCGAUUGGGCCAAGGACCCGGAAAAGAUCAAUCUUGAUUACGCAUUGUUUGAAUCCAAGAGCAUCAGGUACACAGAUCCGGGUACGGGUUUGGUUUACACGAAUCUUUUUGACCAAACAGUAGAUUCAAUGGUCUUCGCUAUGAAGAAACUCGGGUACCCCAACAUUCCGAUCCUGAUAACCGAGUCAGGCUGGCCCAGUGCUGGAGAUUACGACCAGAUCGGGCCGAAUAUCUACAACGCCGCCACUUACAACCGCAACUUAGUCAAGAAGCUCACAGCCAGACCGCCCGUGGGGACUCCGGCCCGACCAGGGUGGGCCAUGCAGGGAUUCAUCUUCGCUCUUUUCAACGAGAACCAAAAACCAGGCCCUACCACGGAGCGGCAUUUUGGGUUGCUAUACCCGAAUGGGUCCAGAGUCUACGGGAUCGACCUGAGCGGGAAGACGGCGUCAUCGAAUUACAAGCCAUUGCCGGUACCAACGAACAAUAAGCCGUACAAGGGACGAAUAUGGUGUGUGGUGGCGCCAGGAUCCAACAAUAAGACGGCGCUUGAGGCGGCCUUAACUUACAGUUGCUCGCAGGGGAACAAAAUUUGUGAGGCGAUCCAACCGGGUAAGGCAUGUUAUAAACCGGAUUCAUUGCUAUUGCACGCGAGUUACGCGUUCAGUUCAUACUGGGCCCAAUUUAGGAAGUCUAGCGUGAGCUGUUUCUUCAAUGGGCUUGCCGCUCAAACCAUCAAAGAUCCAAGUCAUGGAUCUUGCAAGUUUCCGAGUGUUACUCUCUGAAGGACGACGAACAUGGAGGCUUUGUAGCGUACUAUGAUUCUCUCACUCUAGUCCAUCUUCCUUCCUUCUUUUUUACCCAAAAAGGAAAGUAAAAGGGCUUGGUGGGUUGUGAUUCUUCUUCCAAAGCCAUUCGGGCAUCUCUCUUUACUUUCUCGCUUUCU